GUUGUUUGUUCGGUGAUGUGGUCAUUGUGGAUCAGUUACUUAUUCAAGACAACAAUGAUGCAUCUGAAGCUCUUUUGUACGUUCGUGUGCGUUGGCGUCGCACACUCGUUACGUGUUGGUGCGGGUAUUGCUGACGUCACGGGCCCACCUGCAGAAAUUGGUUUUAUGGGUUACGCGCACUUCGAGCAGGUCGGGCAUGGACUACAUUUACGUCAGUUCUCGCGAGCGUUUGUGCUGGAGGAUGAAGAGAACCAUCGCUUUGUGUUCGUCUCCGUGGAUGCAGCGAUGAUGGGACAUGGUGUACGACGAGAGGUGUUGAAACGCCUGCAAAAGCGUUACGGUAACGUGUACAGUGAGAAGAAUGUGAUCAUAAGCGGGACUCACACGCACUCCACUCCAGGUGGCUUCCUUCUGGAUUUCCUCUUCGAUUUGUCUAUCCUUGGCUUUGUGAAAGAGACAUAUGCCGCCUAUAUAACUGGUAUACUUAAGAGUAUAAUUAUAGCUCACAAUAAAUUGACACCAGCUAGAAUGGAAUACGGUGAGACGGAACUGCUGGAUGCCAACAUCAAUCGCUCACCUUCAUCAUACCUUCGAAAUCCACCCGAAGAAAGGGCAAAGUAUGAUUACGACGUGGACAAAAGGUUAGCUCAGAUCCGCUUCCUCACGCCGAGUGAUGAUAUCCUGGGGGUGAUUAACUGGUUUGCAGUUCACCCCACCAGCAUGAAUAACACCAACAAGCUGAUAUCAUCAGAUAAUGUCGGAUAUGCGUCGAUCCUUAUGGAGAAAGCUCUGAACGGCAAUGAAACUUUGCCAGGCAAGGGUCGCAUAGUGUGUGCGUUCGCGUCUACCAAUUUGGGCGACGUCUCCCCAAACACCCGAGGGCCUAAAUGUGAAUUUUCUGGUCUUCCGUGCGAUCAGGAGAAGUUGUUGUGUAAGGGGCACAAAGAGAGAUGCUUCGCUUCCGGUCCAGGGAGAGAUAUGUUUGAGAGCACCAAGAUUAUCGCCACGAAGCUCUUUGACACGGCUAUGAAAGUUCUCCGUCAACCCGGCGAAGACUUAACUGGACCGAUAGGUGUGGUUCAUCAAUUCGUGGAUAUGCCCAAGCAAGCCGUAUCUCCCUAUGAUCCGAUUGCACAGACUUUUAAUGCGAGUGAAAAGGUAUCAGGUUGCAUACCCUCAAUGGGGUACAGUUUCGCGGCAGGGACCACAGAUGGCCCCGGUGCCUUCGAUUUCAAACAAGGGACAACUUCGUCUAACCCCCUUUGGAACGCCGUACGGGACUUCCUCGCUGAGCCCACGCAAGAAGACAUUGACUGUCACGCGCCGAAGCCUAUAUUGUUGGCCACUGGGAGGAUGAAGUUCCCAUACGAAUGGCAACCUCGCGUUGUAUCGUGUACGGUGGCCCGAGUGGGGGGCUUAGUAAUCGCGGCUGUGCCUGGUGAAUUCACUACAAUGUCCGGUCGGCGCUUGCGCAGCGUGGUCCAAAAGGCGUCAAAUGCUAAACGGGUCGUUUUGGCUGGAUUAUCGAAUAUCUAUUCGGAUUAUGUUGCUACGCCUGAAGAGUAUCAGGCUCAGAGAUACGAAGCUGCGUCGACAAUCUUCGGCCCUCACACCCUCGACAUUUACCUCAACAAGUAUGUUGAACUCACCGAUGCACUGUUUAAGGGUACACCAGUGGAUAACGGCCCAGAGCCUCCAGAUUUCAGCGAACAGUUGAUCACCCUCGUCCCACCGGUGCUGUGGGAUGCCGCCCCUUGGGGCCACGAGUUCGGAGAUUGUGUGGAACAGCCCCAGCAUUCCUACAGCUGGAUGGAUACCGUUACCACUAAAUUUGUAUCAGGUCACCCGCGUAAUAGCAUUCGUCACGGGCGCUGGUACUCCACGGUCGAGAGGCUGGAGUCGGAACAGGAUGACGCCUGGAGUGUUGUGGCCACCGAUGCCGAUUGGGAGACCAAAUUCACAUGGAUCCGUAACUCAAAGAUCCUGGGAACCAGCCACGCUCAGAUAGACUGGGAGAUCCCCGAAGGGACCCCACGCGGUACAUACCGUCUCCACCACUAUGGGAGCUAUAAAUAUAUAUUGGGGGGUAUUUAUCCGUAUAACGGCUUUUCGAACAGUUUUGAAGUCACAUAAUUUAUAGCAUAUAAUAUGUUUGGCAAUUUUUUAAUAUAGGUUAUUAUGGCUAUUGUAUAGACUGUUUCACACAAAAAUAUCGCGUGAUAGAAUUUUGUGUCCUAGCGAAGUUGUAGCCAAUUACAAUGUUUUUUUUAAUAUUUAUUUAUUUUAAAAAUAUAUUGUUUUGAGACCGACGGUUUUGUUACCUACUGGUCUACCCUAUAUCUGAUGCUGUUACAAUAGUUUACUGGAGUGCAAUUACUAUAAUAUAAUAUAUCAAUUAUAAAUAUUUCGAUAGGAUUGUGCCAAAAAUUGUCAUAUGUUAUCUGUAUCGUACAUAUCAUACUUUAUUAAAUUUAUAUCAAUUACAGUGCCUCUCGCAAAUAAUCAUUAAUUGAAUAGUACAUUUUUUCCAAAAGUAAUACACUAAGUCGCUUUUUAAAG